CACGCUGCAGGGCCAAUCCAGCCGACGGCACCUGAGCCCCUCGCUGCCCGUGGCGGCCGCUCACCCGUGUCCCGGUGCCGGCACGGAGGAUGCCCGUCGAGGCGCUGCAAGCCGGUGACACCAUGAAGGGGGUGGCGGUGACGGCGCCUUUCACCUCGGCCAUGCCGGUCCGUAUUCUCCGCAAAGGGCCCGCGUAUUUCCGCCGGCACGCCGAGCCGGGGGCCGGGAAGCCCAGCGCAGUGGAGAGGCUGGAGGCCGACAAGGCCAAGUACGUGAAGAGCCAGAAGGUCGCCAGCACCAAGCAGGAGCCUGUGAAGCCACUGGUGCUCAAGCAGCCCCUCUUCACCCCUGGAGUGCGCCGGGCUGUGCUCACCCCCAGCCGCAGGGCACCCCCGGGGCCGCGCCGCGCCGAUGCUGCCAGCCCGAAGACCUCCCUUGACCUGGAGAUCCUCAACAACCUCAUCAACCUCUGUGACAGCCCCUUCCCUAAGGCGGAGAGCCCGCUGGGCAGGGAGUGCAGGUGGCGAGCGGAAACGCCAGAGGUGGAAGGGGCUGUCAAGCCAGCGGAGAGCCCGGCCACCACCAAACCCCCUGGCAGUGUGGCCGUGCGGAGGGUGGACGUCCGUCCCUGUGGAGCUCCGCGCAGCCCAGUGACACCUCUGCCUGCAUCCCCCAUCCCAGGUGGGCUGCCUGUGACCCCGUCCCGCAGCUCACCCGCCCGCCCGGAGAGCGCCCGCCGGCAGCCGCUGCUGCACCGCUCCAAGUCGGACCUGAGCGAUCGGCUCUCGCGGGCCACCGCCGACCUGGAGCGCUUCUUCAACUACUGUGGCCUUGACCCCGAGGAGAUGCAGGACAUGGCGGCUGAGCGCUUCGCCCGCGCCAGCUCUGACAUCGUGUCCCUCAAGUUCCACAGCGUGAGCACGGCCAGCUCGGAGGGCGGCCACUCGCCACCCAGCGCCGCCACGCCGGAGGGACGGCCGGCGGAGCGCGUGCCCUACGGCAUCUCCAUCAUCGAGCGCAACGCCCGUGUCAUCAAGUGGCUCUACGGGCUGCGCCAGGCCAGGGAGCCCCAGCAGGUCUCCGAUGUGUAGCAGUGCCGUGGUGGGCGCUGGGGAUGGGCCGCUCAUAAGUGGGCAACGCUGGAUGGGGACAAAGCACUGGCUGUGCCCUGGGACCUCUUGGUGGUGACAGGACCCUUGAACUCAGCCCUGCUGUGCUGCAGCAUCACUGGCCUGAUGUGGCCAGGGAUCCAUUGUCAGACCCCUGUGUCAGGUUCCUGCAAGCCUGUGGGAAGGCAGAAGACAUGUGUCCCUGGGUGUGUGGCUGGUCCUCAACACCCACAGGGCCUCAUGUGUGGCUGCCCUGCCUGCACUGCUGGCAGCCCCUGCCUGUCCUGCUCUUCACCAGCACCCUGGGUGGGGUGCAAGGGGCUGGUUCCCCCUGCAUGGAGCAGGGACACUGCACCAGUGAAGGAGCUGCCUCCUUGCAGCCUCCACAGAAAGGGUCCCACUGCCUGGGGUGGUGGCCACAUCCUGGUGGUCCCAUCUUAUUGCUGAAGAAAAGCCUGGUGCUUUGAGGCAUGAGGGGGAAACCUGACCCCCUGCUUCAAGCUGCCCAGGGCUGUGUGUCUGUCUGUCUGCGGGUGCCUGUGUUCCCCUUCCCGGCUGCCAGUGGGCAAGAAGCCCCCAGCAUGCUGGGCCUGGUAUUUAUGAAGACAACAGUUCCUCUUUUCUACUGUUUUCCUUAUGUUUGAUCUGUAAAUAAUAAUAAUUAUAAUGCAACCAGUUUUAUUAAAUGCCUGUGUUUUGGA